AUGUCUAUUGAACAAGAAAAUAAGGAUAACUUUGUCCAGGAAAGGUUGGAUUCGCUUUAUGAAAUUGAUUGUAAGAUCGUAUCCUUGCUAGACAAUAUGUCAAGCUUGUUUCAGACAUACUCCACACCUAAGUCUAGCGAUAACGACUUAAGCGAACAAAAGGAGCAAUUGAAGGCCCAAACUAAAACUAUAUAUAAUACAAUAAGUAAUGUUGCAAUAGGAUUGAGAAAAGAAGUUAAAAUAAUGGAUGAGAACAUUGGAGUCUAUAACAAAAAUAAAGAUGGAGUUAUGAUACUACCAAUUAGUGUCGAUCAGAAGAAUACAACAUUGGGGAAAACGAAACUUAAAGACGAAAUUAGGGAGUUGAGUACUAUAGUAAGCGGAGAAAAAGAUAAACUGAAUGAUGGAAAGCAAGAAGCUAUACCAAAAAAGGAAACUAAUACGGAAAGUUUGGAAAAGGAGAAGCAAGAUAAUAUAAUAGACAUCGAAACAAAAAAAGAACCGAAUGAAAAUGAAGACGAAGAUUUUGAUAUGAUUGCAUAA